UCAGUGGGCCAAAGUCCACUCAGAAGAGAGUAUAAAGUGGAUGUUGUUGACUGGUUCCGGUAUAUUUUAGAGAGGCACAGUUGAGGUAGCAGGGACUGCUACAAAAGCUUUAGACCACAGGGUUGUCUAAGAAGAGAAAGCUUCAAUGGAUGCGGUUGUGGUCCUGGUGCUCUGUCUCUCCUGUUGUCUCCUCCUUUCACUCUGGAAACAGAGCUCUGGAAAAGGGAAGCUUCCACCUGGGCCUACUCCUCUCCCAAUUAUUGGAAAUAUCCUACAGUUAGAUAUUAAGAAUACCAGCAAAACCUUAAGCAAUCUCUCAAAAAUAUAUGGGCCUGUGUUCACUUUGUAUUUUGGCAUGAGGCCCACUGUGGUGCUCUAUGGAUAUGAAGCGGUGAAGGAAGCUCUGAUUGAUAUGGGAGAGGAGUUUUCUGGAAGAGGCAGUUUUCCAGUGGCUGAAAAAGCUGGUAAAGGACUUGGAAUCAUUUUCAGCAAUGGGAGGGAAUGGAGGGAGAUCCGGCGCUUCUCCCUGAUGACCCUGCGGAAUUUCGGGAUGGGGAAGAGGAGCAUUGAGGAUCGCAUUCAAGAGGAAGCCCGCUGCCUUGUGGAGGAGUUGAGAAAAACCAAUGCUUCACCCUGUGAUCCCACUUUUCUCCUGGGCUGUGCUCCCUGCAAUGUGAUUUGCUCCACUGUUUUCCAGAAUCGUUUUGAUUACAAAAAUCAGAAGUUUCUAAACAUAAUGGAAAAGUUAAAUGAAAACACCCAGAUAAUGAGCUCUCCAUGGAUGCAGCUCUGCAAUUGUUUCCCUGUUCUCCUUGAUUUUUUCCCAGGGAGUCAUAACAAAGUACUUAAAAAUGUUGCUGAUUUUAACAGUUUUGCUUUGGAGAAAAUAAAGGAGCACCAAGCAUCCCUGGACAUUAACAAUCCUCGGGACCUUAUCGACAGUUUCCUCAUCAGGAUGGGGCAGGAAAAGCACAAUCACCACUUUUCUUUAGAAAACCUAACAAAUACUGUAGUUGAUUUAUUUGGAGCUGGCACAGAGACAACGAGCACUACCCUAAGAUAUGCUCUCCUCCUCCUGCUGAAACACCCAGAGGUCACAGCUAAAGCCCAGGAAGAGAUUAACCGUGUGAUUGGAGGACACCGAAGCCCCUGCAUGCAAGACAGAAGCCACAUGCCCUACAUGGAUGCUGUGAUACAUGAGGUCCAGAGACACCUUAACUUGCUCCCUUUCAACCUGCCCCAUGCAGUGACAUGUGAUGUUAAAUUUAGAAACUACCUCAUCCCCAAGGGCACAAACAUACUAACAUCUCUGACUUCUGUGCUGCAUGAUGACAAAGAAUUCCCCAAUCCAGAAGUGUUUGACCCUGGCCACUUCCUAGACAAGAGUGGCAACUUUAAGAAGAGUGGCUACUUCAUGCCUUUCUCAGCAGGAAAACGGUCAUGUGUAGGAGAGGGCUUAGCCCACAUGGAGCUGUUUUUAUUCCUGACUACCAUUUUACAAAACUUUACCUUAAAACCUGUAGUUGACCCAAAGGACCUUGACACCACCCCAGUUCGCAGUGGGUUUGCUUCUGUGCCACCUUCUUACCGGAUCUGCUUCAUUCCUUUGGAGUAAAGGCAGACCACUGACUUCUCGCAUGGUAUUGUCUGCAAUUCCCUCUCCUCUGGGGCCUCAUUCACCUUGUUUCAUCUUCAUUUCUAUGCAUUUUAUGACCUCUCCUCCCCUCAUUACUACAUUCUCUCAAGAUCCAAAAACAUCCAACCUCCAUUAAAGGAAAAUUUCAUGAGUUACACUACACAAAUGCAUCUGCUGUUCUCCAUACUCUGUAACAUUUGUAUUGGUCAUCAUAUAUGCUGAUACUUACCUAUUGUGGGUAAGUACUAUGUAGCCAGUAUGAAAUAGAGCCAGAUGAUUAAUAUAUGCCAAUGUAAAGCCAUUUCUCCUUUGCAUGUUCUAAAUAAAAAUCAUAAUUUGAUGAGCCAGU